UGAACGGCUGACAUUCAUGUUUGGACUUUAAGGUGAGACGUGAUGUGGAGCGACUUCCUCCAACCUGCAGGUGUCUCCAGAAUCUCUGAGCCAGAAAACCACCGAAGAAGAGAACCAGGAAGUGCUGCGGCAACAAGCAGCCUCUUUUCAGAAAGUAAAGCUUGUUGUUGUGUUGUCAGGAUGGAAACGGUGAUCAGCUGUUUCAGGAAGAGGCCGGAUGCAGUGGCCAGGCUGAUCUGCUUCCCAUGGGCAGGUGGAGGCUCCAUCCACUACGCGCGCUGGGGAAACGUGUUCAGAAGUUCCUUUGAAGUGUUCGCCGUCAGACUUCCGGGCAGAGAGAGUCGGUCCAGAGAGCCGUUCUUCCAGAACAUGCAGCAGAUUGUGGAUGAAGUCGUCUCUGUGUUGCUGCCGCUGCUCCAAGAGAAGCCGUUUGCCCUGUUUGGCCACAGUUUUGGGGCCUUCACCAGCUUUGCAGUCGCGGAUGCUCUGAAGAAAGUUCACAACGUGGAACCGGUGCACAUGUUUGUGUCCGGUGCUUCUGCUCCGUAUUCAGAGACUCGCAUGAAGUCCCCGAAAAGAGGCGACCUAUCAGAUGAGGAUUUCCUCAGCUGGUUAACUUCAAUUGGAGGAACUCCUCCAGAGCUGCUGGCCAAUCCUGAAGUUCUGAGGCUCUUCCUGCCUGCCCUGAAGGCCGACCUGCACGUGGUGGAGAACUACAGGUGUAACAAACCCGACAGGCCCGUCCUGUCCUGUCCAGUCACGUGUUUUGACGGGAAGGACGACGUUCCUCACGACCUGCACGCUUGGAGAGACGUCACAUCUGGAGACUUCACCAUCAGGAUGUUUGAUGGGGCUCAUUUCUACCUGAAGGAUUCUGGAAAUGAGAAGAUCAUACUGGAUUACAUCACGAAGCACUUAGAGACGUCAGAAAUGGAUUAUUUAUGAUUUACUGACACUGGACAAGAAGUUCUGUCUGAACUGGAUUCAUUAUUUUAUAUAAUGGGAAUAAAUGAAACUCCUUUUCCUGA